UAAUGCAGGACCCAGAGCUUUAUGUUCGAAAUUUCUAGGAAGAAAUUAGCUAAAGAAAUAAACGUAAAUAACCUGUGUAAUAUCCCGAUGAUUAAAGAUUACAUGAACGUCCUAGAGUUCGAAAGAUUGAACCACCUUCUUAGAUCAUCAGUUAGUCAUUACUUAAAAAUCAUAGUUAUGUGUAUUAUAAUCUAUUUAAUAUAGGGCUGAUCCUCUCAAAAAUUUUACAAAACCUCUUAUCAGUUAUUAAAUUACUAGUCCAUCUGGAAGAGAUCCAUAGCGAUACAAUCACAAUUUUUUGUACUUAGGACAAGAUAAUAUCUUUUAUAAAGAACCCUACAAUCAAUUUUAAAAAGACUAUGCACCUCAAAGAUAUUCACAUCAAUCUAAUGAAUAAAGAAUUAAUUAUCAAAAUGUAGGCAAUAUGCUUGUUGGUGGUGAUAAUUAAACAUAGAUAUAAAAUCAGACAUAAUAAUAAAAUCAGUCAAUGACUUAAUCAUAAUUUUAAAAUUAACAAGCAGGAUAUGGAUAUCAAUAAUAGUAACCAAUUUAUUAUUAAUAAUAAUAAUAUCAAUAAUAGUAAUAAUAAUAAUAAUAAUAAUAAUAAUAGCAAUAAUAAUAAUAGUAAUAAUUAUAAUCGUAAUAAUAACAAUAAUUAUAUUAGCAAUAAGUACAAUAAUAACAAUAACAACUCUCGUAAUCAUAAUUAUAAAAACAAUAAUAUUAAUAAUAACAGCAAUAUUAAAUAUAAUAGGUACCAACAUAAAGUAAUUACUAGAACUAGUAAUUUUCUUAAUAAUUCAAUCACUAAUAGGCAGGAACAUCAAAUACAUAUAAAAUAAAAAGUGAAAAUAAUCAUUAGCCUUUCAAUUAUUAUGGGUAUAUAUCAAUCUCAAAGUAUUUAGUUCUAGAGCUUUAAAAAACUUAGAUAGUACCUAAAUAUAUUGA